AGAGAGGGAGCGAGAGAGAGAGAGAGAGAGAGAGAGAGCGCUGCAUGCUACUCACUGCCCGGCAGGAGCACCAGAGGAGAUGGAGCUAUAGUGCUGAGAACGAAAGAAAAGAAGGGCAGAGUGACGUAGAGAAAGAUAAUAUAAGAGGAGAAAGGGAAGAGGGGAAUCUGGGGCAGAUGCACAUUAGUGACAGACAUUAACAUCGGCAGGCUGGAGCAAGAGAACGUGAAAGAGGCUUGGAGAAUAACACAUCAUAAGAAGAGAAGAAGCGUGAGAGCUGAACGCUGUGAAGGAUGACAGAGCACCAGUCCUGAGAUCAACCCUCAUCCUUCCCCCUCUCCUCACCCCUCCUCUGACCCCAUCCCCAACAUUACCCUCCUCCCUCUCUCUCUCUGUGGUUAGACAAGACAUGAUGACCGGUCCUGACCAGAUUCCACUCUCAUUGCAUCCUUGUGGAACCACUUAAUCUCCUCUGGACUUCUUCUCAGCAUUCUGACUGGCACUCUUCCGACCACUUUCACAUAUUCUCUCCAGGAGAAGACAGGAAGGAAGACCGUAUUCUCUCCAGUAGAAGACAGGAAGGAAUACUGUAUUCUCUCCAGGAGAAGACAGGAAGGAAUACCGUAUUCUCUCCAGGAGAAGUCUGGAAGGAAUACCAUAUUCUUUCCAAGAGAAGACAAGUAGGGGGAAGUUUGUCAUCUCCUUGCUGUGAGGACUGACUUUUUUUCUUCAGGGGGAAGAUAAGGACCGACAACAUCGAGAAGACUUCCAGUUCACUGAGGUACAAAUCAACAACACUGAGAAAGAAACAACGUUUCAAACACGGAAAGAAUACAGGACAUUCUAACAUCAACAGGUCAUUUCAACAAAAGAUCAAGACAUUUUAAAACUUUAUCUCAGUCUCUCUCUAUUCCUCCACUUCUCUUGGACUCUCUGUCCUGAACAAUUCUCUGUGAGGGUGAGUCGGUCCAUCCAGCCCAGCCAUGCAGGUGUCUAUAGCCUGUACGGACCCCCACAUGAAACGUGGAAAUGGGGAUCACAAAAAUGCCACCAGCCCGGGGAAUGCAGCUCGGGCCAAGUUCAGAACCGUGGCCAUCAUAGCACGUAGCUUUGGGGCGUUCGCACCCCGACACCACAUCUCCCUCAAAGAGUCCACAGGGAAACUGACCGGCAUGAAAUACAGGAACCUGGGAAAGUCAGGACUUAGAGUGUCGUGCUUGGGACUGGGUACAUGGGUGACAUUUGGCAGUCAGAUUACAGAUGAGGUGGCCGAGCAGCUGAUGACCAUAGCGUAUGAGAGUGGGGUCAAUCUGUUUGACACAGCGGAGGUGUACGCUGCUGGAAAAGCUGAAGCCAUAUUGGGUAAUAUCAUCAAAAAGAAGUCCUGGAGACGAUCAAGUCUGGUCAUCACUACCAAGCUGUACUGGGGAGGAAAGGCAGAGACUGAAAGAGGCCUUUCAAGGAAACACAUUAUUGAAGGUCUGAAGGGCUCCCUCCAGAGGUUGCAGCUGGAAUACGUAGACGUGGUCUUCGCAAACCGCCCCGACACCAACACACCCAUGGAGGAGAUUGUGAGAGCCAUGACGUAUGUGAUCAACCAGGGGAUGUCCAUGUACUGGGGGACAUCUCGAUGGACAGCCAUGGAGAUCAUGGAGGCGUACUCUGUGGCCAGACAGUUUAACCUGAUCCCUCCGGUGUGUGAGCAGUCUGAGUACCAUCUCUUCCAGAGGGAGAAGGUGGAGGUCCAGCUUCCAGAACUCUACCACAAGAUAGGUGUCGGGGCAAUGACGUGGUCUCCGCUGGCCUGUGGCAUCAUCACAGGGAAGUACCAGAACGGCAUCCCAGAAACCUCCAGGGCAUCCAUGAAGUCGUAUCAGUGGUUAAAGGAGAAGAUUGUGAGUGAGGAUGGGAGGAAACAGCAGGCGAAGCUGAAGGAGCUGGGACACAUUGCUGAGAAGCUGGGCUGUACUCUCCCACAGCUGGCCGUAGCCUGGUGUUUGAGGAAUGAGGGGGUGAGUUCAGUCCUCCUGGGAUCCUCCAGUCCAGAGCAGCUAACAGAGAACCUAGGCGCCAUACAGUUCCUUCCAAAAAUGACGUCUCACGUGGUGUCGGACAUCGAUCACAUACUGGAGAACAAGCCGUACAGUAAGAAGGACUAUCGCUCCUAGGAGGAAGCAGAACCACUACUGUACAACCACUGUGGAUCCAGUUCCACCAACCUCCUGGGCUCAGCCUCCAUGGGGUUUCAGCUCAGUCUAAUCCCAGCCCAGUUCAGGCCUGCUCAGCUCAGCCCCAGCAUUCUUAGUCCAGUGUAACCAAGCUCAGUUCAGCCUAACCCUGCUAACCCUCUGCCUAGACCAGCUUUCAGCUCAGCUUACUCUUAUCAGUAGAUUCUCUGUCUCCUGAGUUUGUUAACCAUGUAGGUGCAUGCUUCCUCUCUGAUGUGCCUGGACUUUCUCUUCAAAGGCACAUUGUACAAAACAACACAGAAAGGGGAUAAAACUUAGAAUAUACCGUAAACGUCUUUCACAAUGCAUUUUGAAAACAAACUCCUCUCUUCAAGCCAGUAUACUGCAUUUGACCACCGUUUGACCUCGCAAAGCAGAGCACCCUGGGACAGUGAGUUUCAGCCACAGGCCUUUGUUCUGUCUGUGAGGGGAAGAAUGUGCAUGUUGUCGCCCCCAUCUGGUCGUAUGAGAAACUGCUAUCCAAUAUCUUCAAUAGAUUAUUAGUGAGAGAGCGCAGGAGAAUCUCAUUUGCAUUUUCCUUGGGAGAAUCUCAAUUCCAUACUCCUCGCAUCCUCCUCCUCGCAUCCUCCUCACCAACUUCUCAAAACCCAUUGGAGGAGAAGGUCAGAGGGGAGAGACCCCUGGCUUUCUCAUCCAAUGGGUUUUGAGAAGGAGGAGAGGAAAGAGGACGUGGGGAGGCAAGGAAAUGCAAUUAAGAUUCUCCCAGUGGCCUAUCUGCUCUGCAUAAUGCCUGUCUGAGUGAGCAGGGGGCCUCCUGUACUGUACUGUAUACGCUCUGUCUGCAUCCAUAGAGGAGAAUCCUGCCUCUCCUCCUCCUGCCUGUAAUUUGAACCUGCAGCUUUAGUUGCUGACGGGAAUCUGGGAUAGCACAAGCCACUCUGUGACAUAACCUCCCAACCAGACCAAUGUUACCUGUGGGUGUUGCUGGUUACAUAAUGUGAAAGAUAGGUGAAGUAUUUAGAAAGAUGUAAAGGCCUAUAUCUAUUCUAUAAUAAUACGUGAAAAUAAGUUUCUUCUGUGGGUUAGAAUUUUAUUUUUUUGUCUUUCAGGGGUGUAUAUACAGGAUUAAACUUUAUGGGGCAAACCUUGUAACGUAAGCAAAACAGACCUCAAGUCCCCUUUGUUGCAAUAUGAAACUAAAGUAUUCUAUAAAUAACCUAGAAAUAUUCUAUAAAUAACCUAAGUAUUCUAUAAAGAACCUAUAAGUAUUCUAUAAAGAACCUAUAACUAUUCUAUAAAGAACCUAUAAGUAUUCUAUAAAGAACCUAUAAGUAUUCUAUAAAGAACUUAUAAGUAUUCUAUAAAGAACCUAUAAGUAUUCUAUAAAGAACCUAUAAGUAUUCUAUAAAGAACCUAUAAGUAUUCUAUAAAGAACCUAUAAGUAUUGUGUAAAUAACCUAGAAAUAUUCUAUAAAGAACCUAUAAGUAUUGUGUAAAUAACCUAUAAGUAUUCUAUAAAGAACCUAUAAGUAUUCUAUAAAGAACCUAUAAGUAUUGUGUAAAUAACCUAGAAAUAUUCUAUAAAGAACCUAUAAGUAUUGUGUAAAUAACCUAUAAGUAUUCUAUAAAGAACCUAUAAGUAUUCUAUAAAGAACUUAUAAGUAUUGUGUAAAUAACCUAUAAGUAUUGUGUAAAUAGUGUUGUACUGUUUCUCCUCUCUCAGCAGCACAAUACAUCCAUGGCUGUUUGGUGCUGAUCCAAGGCUCUGCUCCUGGGGGGUUUACCCAUUUAGCCCAGACUGACAAUGUAAACUACUGUAUUAAAACAUAUCAGACCGUUAUAAAGGUGUUGUUUUCUACAGUAUCUAAAGUUAUCGGAAGAGAGGAUUUACCAACUAUAAAUCAGUGUUUCCCAAACUCGGUCCUGGAUCUCCCUCUGCGUGCAUUUUCUGUUCUUCUGCCCUAGCACUACACAGUUCAUUCAAAUCAUCACAGCUUGAUGAGGAGUUGGCUAUUUGAAUUAGCUGUGUGGUGCUCGGGCAAAAACCAGAACGUGCACCCGUGGGUG